CUAGCAGUCAACUAGGGUUGCGUUCGGAAAUGUUACCCAAGUGUACCCAUUACGUUGGAGUGAGCGAGAUACAAGAGUGAGAUAAAAAGAGAGGAAGAGUACUCGAGUGACGUUUCCGAACGCAGCCUAAAUUAGCUGUGGUCAACAAAAAGGCGCGCGAGAAACAAUUAGUUCGUACCUGGCUUUUUCGUUAAUUUCUUUUCCAUUAUGACGGAUUUUCCUUUUAAUACUAUGUUGAUAUUGACUGAUAUAAUUUGAAUUAUGUGUAUAAAAGUAUGGUUUUCAAUUCUAUAUUUUUCUAACCUUAAAAUCUGUGAUUUAUCAUGUCGCCAACAAAAUACGUAGAAUUAAAGCGUAUUAAAGAGUUAUUAACAUGUGGGAUUUGUUACACUUUGAUGGACACUAGUGUGAUGACUUUGUGUUCUCACAAUUAUUGUUCUCUCUGUAUUAGAAGGUAUUUGCUUUAUAAAACACAAUGUCCUAUCUGUUUCACGGAAACCUUUGAAAAAGAUUUGAGAACAAAUAAAAUUUUGGAUGAAAUUAUCACCCAAUAUUUAAAUGUUGAGGGAAAAUUGGAAAAGGAAUUUUAUCACAAAGAAAUAGAAGCUGUAAAGAAUGAUGAUUCUAAAGAUACAUGUUCAUUGAGCAAUGUUGAGUUUAAGAAAGAAACACAUGUUCCCAGUGCAAGUGGAAUAUCACAUAAAGAUUCUGAUAAUCCAACAGUAACUAUUUCUACACCUCGUGUGCAAAGAAUUUAUCAUCAAGAUAUAUCAAGUCCUAGUACUAGCACAUCACCUAAAAUACCUUCAAUUUUCACACCAAAAAGUAAGAAAGGUUUUCGAAACCAGGAAAAUUGUAAGGUGGUCACAUGUCCAGUAUGUAAAGUAGAUGUGCCUGAAAAUAAUAUUAAUAAACAUUUAGACGAUUGUUUAAAAAGAGAAAAUACAAAGGAUCAACCUAAAAAGGUUGAGCUAAAACGUAAACCAUUAGCAAAGUUAGUACUAAGUUUAAUGAAAGAGAGUGGAAUGCGAAAAAAGCUAAAAGAAUUUGGAUUAUCGUCUCAAGGAGACAGAAGAAUGUUAGAGAACAGACUGCAAAGAUAUAUUAUUCUCUAUAAUGCAGAAUGUGAUAAAAUAAAUCCAAGAUCUGUAUCAGAGUUAAUUAAACAGUGCGAAGAAGAAGAACAUUUAGAAAAGAAAAUGCAAAAACCAUUAAAUGUUAAGAAAUUGAAUAUUAAUAGAAAUACAGAACACAAUGUUAUUGAACAACAAAGAAAAAUAUAUUUGACUGAAUACAAGGAUAGCUUUGACCAGAUAAUUGCAAGAAUAAAAACUGCUGAUAAUGCGCGAAAAUUUCCCGUUAGACGCGAAAUAUUAAGUAAAGGAAAUUCUGGUAGUAGAGAUUGCGCAAAAGACAGAUCAACUGUCAAAGAUAGCGAAAAAGACGAUUUAUUGCGUAUGAAUUCGUAUAUCGAUGAUUCCGAUUCAAAUACAUCUUGUCCCUUGCAAGUAUAUUCCAGCGAGGAUCCUAUGAAUUUUUUGACAGUUGAACUAUCUAGUUCAUCCAACGAUAACAGCAAUCAAUCUGGUCUUACUUCUAAACAGGAUACUUCAAACGUUCCUUGUAAUAUUAAUUCAACUUUAGUUAGUUCCAUUGAAAAAGCAGAAAGUAUAAAGACUGAAUUAUCUUCUGAAAAUACUUUGAUACACAAAGAGGUAGCUUCUAAUUUGCCUAAUAACACAACAAAUGCUUUUCAUGCAGAAGAAUGUGAUGUUUUAGAGAAUAGAAUAAACAUUCAUGCCAAAAAAUCAUGUUCUAAGCUCAGUGAAAUUGCUUCGAAGAGUAGAAAAGAAGCUGAAUUACUCACAAGGAGGAAUAAUGAUAAUAUAAGACACAAUCAAGGGAAAUAUGAUAUACACUAUCAUUCUGUAGAUAAAUGGAGAGAAGAAUUACGUGAUGAGGUUGCAGAUCAAUUUAUAAAAGACAUCAAACAUGAUACAAUAAUCGUUGAUAAUAUUGAUGAUAUUGAUGAUCGACUCGAUGAGGAAUCAAAGCAACAAUUAUGUAAUGCAAAAGAGUAUACGCCCCAUCGCAUAAAAUUCGAGAAGGAAAACAUGGAAUCGAUGGAUGGAACUAUUGUUGCAUCUGCGUCGAAUCGAUCACGUGACAAUACAAAUGCUCUUCGAAAACGAGAGCGUGAUAUGACGUUCGUAUUAAGCGACGAUGAAAGGAUUGCGGAUAGAUCGAUGCAUGUCAGAAAAUCGGCCAGAUUUGGUCUUAGUGAGACGAUUAGAUUCAAUAAUGAAAAUUUUGGUGAGUCUACAGUGCAAAUUGAGGAGGAAUCGCGAAAGGAGAAAGUACAAUUACGUGCAACUUGUGCAAGAAGUGUAAAUAAUUCUGUGAAAAGAUCUACUAGAUUAAGAAGCAAAAUUAAUCGAGAAAAGUAAAUAUAAAUUGAAUCACGAAGAUAAAAUUGAAUUUUGGAAAUUAAUUUUUAUAUAUUUUAUUGAAUAUUAUAGAAUGUGUGAGAAUAAGGAAGACUGGACUUUCUUAUGAUUAAUCUGUGGUUCAAAUUUUUGACAUAUUUGACUAUUGUUAGUAUUUUUGCCAAAAUGUAUAGUGCAAAUUUGGUAUGUACAAAAACAUAAAAUAUAAACACAAUUCUAUCUUUUUUAAAUAAAAUGGCAUAACAAUGACAUAUGUAUCUUAUAUCGUUAUUGCAUAACAUUCAAAUGUUUUGUUUAUGUCAAGCAUAUUUUGUAAUUUUAUACAUACAGUAACAUAUAUUAUCUUGUUUUGUAAAUUUAUUUCAAAAUCAUCUAAUAUACUGAUUGCAUUAAA